CGCCUUUGGGGUAGAUGGGCGGGUUUUCUUUGGACCGCCAUCUAGAGAAUCUGCGCCGGCGGUACUGCUUUGUGGCGGCCUUCUUGUUUGCAGGACGGACGUAAAUCUUUUUCUCUUCAGCAAGGUCUCGAGCCGGGAGGAGUAAAACGGCAGAGUAAUCUGAAACGUGAUCCCCAAAAUGAAUUUCUUCCUGGAAACGCUCAAAAUAAUUUUUCUGUGUAUAUAUUAUCUGAUGGAGUUUUUCUUAUCAUUCAUCUAUGCAAAGAAGAAAAAUGUUGCUGGUGAAAUAGUGCUUAUAACUGGAGCUGGAAGUGGAAUGGGAAGGCUGAUGGCUUUAAAAUUUGCUCGACUUGGUACCACUUUAGUUCUUUGGGAUAUUAAUCUGGAAGGAAUCAAAGAAACAGCUAGAUUAGCACGUAAAAUUGGGGCUGUGAGAGUACAUGACUACAUUUGUGAUUGCAGCAAAAGGCAAGAAGUCUAUCAAGUGGCAGGCCAGGUGAAAAAGGAAGUUGGUGAUGUUGGUAUCCUGAUUAAUAAUGCUGGCAUCAUAACAGGAAGGAUGUUUUUAGACACUCCAGAUAUGCUUCUAGAGAAAAGUAUUCAAGUGAACACAAUGGCACACUUUUGGACUGUCAAAGCAUUUGUUCCAGCCAUGGUAGCUUCUAAUCAUGGACAUGUGGUGACUGUUUCAAGUGCAGCUGGCUAUUACGGUGUCAACAAAAUGACAGAUUACUGUACAAGUAAAUUUGCAGCUGUGGGUUUUGCUGAAUCUCUAGCUUUAGAGAUGAUGGCAAUGAAAAAGAAUGGUGUAAAAUCUACAAUUAUCUGUCCAUAUCUAGUGAACACUGGAAUGUUUGAAGGCUGUGAAACAAAGUGGCCUCAUUUGCUGCCCAUUAUAGAUCCAGAAUAUGCUGUUGAAAGAAUUGUGUCUGGGAUACUCCGAAAUGAACGAUAUAUCUUUAUACCACGAAGUCUACAGUUAUUUAAUGUAGUAAAAAGCAUUGUUCCUGCAAAAACGCUUGAUAUCCUUUAUGACUAUUUUGGAAUUUUAAAAGUUAUGAAUAGAUUCAAAGGUCGAACAAAGAACACUGAUGAGUACAUAUACCGGACAAAAUCAAUAAAACCCCCAGGUUCCCUUGACUAAUUAUACAUUGAGAAGCCAAUAUAUAGAACUUCCCAUUUCAUUAUGUUGGUGCAAAGGUUAUGCUUAAAACAAAUGUGGAAUGGCUUACUAGCAACAGGUGAAAUACUGGGAACAGGGUAUGAAUAAUUUUAACUACAGUUUUUUUACAGUUACUGAAAUAUAACCUAAUAGUGAUGCUUUAUUUCAAUAAAAUUACUUAAUUAUAGGGAACAAAUUACUUUUUUGUGAACUGUUGGCAAAAAAAGGAAAAUAAUAAACUAAUAAUAAACUUAUGAUAUACAAGGUGAGGGUGUUGACCUAGUUGAGUCUAAUUACCCCAUUCUGAUAAUGAGACUGGUUUUUUACUUUACAUGAGAAGAGGUUCCUGUGACUUCUCCCAAAAUACCCAGAUAUUAUCCCGACCCAAACAUACUACAACUGCUCCCUAGAAAUUGAAUGAGAACAUCUUGUGGGUUCUGGCUUUCCAGACCUUGUAGUAGAAAAAUCUUAGUUUCAGGGUAUCCAGCCAUGAUCAGCUAACUUGGCAUUUUAGAUACAAAAUGAAGCUUGCAGCACCAGCAAUAUUUUUGAGUUCAAUUAUUGCUCAGAUUUUUCACAACUAAGAAUAUUUAGACCUCUUUUUGGAUAUGCCCCAAUAAGAAUCGCAGGCCUUUAUCUAAUUAAAUUAUCUAUUUUAAAAUACAAUUACUUAAAACAUUUUUAAUAUUAGCAAAAUUUAAAUUGUGUAAUGUAGCAGUCUGCAAUCAACAUUUUCUUUACUAUAACACUCUGUACUUCAAGGCCAUCUAUUUCAAUGUAAAAUCUGUUUCUGUUGGGAACCAGUUUAUGAACAUUUUGAUUCAAUGCUCUUGGCAAAAUGUUUAACAUGUUUUUUCAUUUUCUUUCAUUAAACUGUUGUUUAUAAUUAUUAAAAUAUUAUAGAAUUUAUCCUAUGCAAAUGCUUCACAUGAAAAUUAUUGUGCCUGUUCUUGUGAAAUAUAAAAUGCUUUGUCUUAUAUCUCUAAUUUUAUUUCAUCACAGUGAAAAAGGAAAGUGGCUGCCAUAGUUUGGUUUUUUCCUAUUCCAGCUUAUGUAUGAGAAAUCAGGUAAUAGAUGUAGGUUGGGUCAACUUACUGACUUCAAAUCUAUGAAGUAUAGGGCAGAAUUAAGUUGAAAAAUGCAAAAAACAAAACAAAA